UCCGCCCCUCCGCCCCUCCCCGCGCUUCCUCUCCAGCUAACGGCCAGCACGAAGAGUCCCGCCCCGCCCGCCGCCUCCGCGGCCCGCGGCCUCUGCCCGGUCCGGCCUCCCACAUCAUGGCGCCGCUGCGCUUCUCCGCCAAUCUGUCCUGGCUAUUCCCCGAGCUCCCUGGCCUCCUCGCGCGGCUGCAGGCCGCGGGCAGCUCGGGCUUCGAGGCCGCCGAGGUGGCCUGGCCUUACGCGGAGCCGCCCGAGGCGCUGGCGCGGGCGGCGCAGGAAGCCGGGCUACGGCUGGUGCUGAUCAACACGCCCCCGGGAGAUCAAGAGAAGGGGGAAAUGGGGCUGGGGGCCGUACCCGGGAGACAGGCGGCCUUCCGAGAGGGGCUGGAGCAGGCGGUGCGGUACGCCAAGGCCCUGGGCUGUCCCAGGAUCCACCUGAUGGCUGGCCGAGUACCCCAGGGGGCUGACCCGGCAGCAAUCAAGGCUGAGAUGGAGACCGUUUUUCUAGAGAAUCUGAGGCAUGCAGCUGGGGUUUUGGCUCAGGAGGACCUCGUGGGACUGCUGGAGCCCAUCAACACCCGAAUCACUGACCCCCAGUACUUCCUGGACACGCCCCAGCAGGCGGCAGCCAUCUUACAGAAGGUGGGAAGACCCAACCUCCAAUUACAAAUGGACAUAUUCCACUGGCAGAUCAUGGAUGGGAACCUGACAGGAAACAUCCGGGAGUUCCUGCCCAUUGUUGGGCACGUACAGGUGGCACAGGUCCCAGGCCGAGGGGAGCCCAGCAGCCCCGGAGAGCUGAACUUCCCCUAUCUGUUUCAACUGCUGGAAGAUGAAGGCUACAAAGGUUUUGUGGGCUGCGAGUACCGGCCUCAAGGAGAUACAGUAGAGGGCCUGAGCUGGCUACGGUCAUACUGGGACAGGCGAGGCCACCCAGAGGCUGGCCAGUGAGGGCCUGCACACCACCCAUGUGCCUCCAGACAGCAAGUGAAAUCCUGUCUCCUCUGCAUUAAAGAUGACCUGCUGAACACUGUCAUAUAUCUCUGUUAUGGGGUGGGGGGACACACAGUGUCUAACACUUCAGUUUCUCUGUUGCUUCCCUCCCACUGAGAAGCCAAUGCCAGGGUUGCUGUGGAGAUGGGAGAGCUUCUGAGUCCACCUCCUCAUUAAAGGAUGAGAAACCCAGGGUCCGAGAGCAGAGACUUGACAGUGGUCCCAGGUGCUUCAAAGGAAGAGCUGGGAUUGGAACCCAGGUGUUAUCUCGAUGGGAAUGUCCAGCAGUGAUGUCCAAGUGGGAAAUGAAGACCUGAGGGCUCAAGGGGCGUAGGUGGCUGACAGUGGUCAAAGGCUGGCGGCAGGAUUCAGGCAAUGGAGCUCUAGGGGGUGAGUGCUUGCAAUCCUGUGUGCUUGCAACUCCCAGGACUCUAGCAGGUGGGCAGAAAGGAGUGCCCCAAAAGGGCCCAAAAGGUGUAAGGGGAUGGAGUCCUGGAUUGGUCAGUGGCUGUGGGUGUUUGGGGAGGGCAGUUCCUGCUGCCAGGCUGGGGCAGCAGACCCCCGACAUAGUCCCAAAGC